CGUUCUUCCUAUUCCUAUGUUUUGUAUUCCUGUGUUCCAAACGAUGCCUUAUAUAUGAUAAAUAAGCUUGUACUGUAGUUGGCUAUGUGGAAUUGUACAGCGCAAAUGAUUGCCUGAAGAGGUGCGCCCCAUGGCAGCCCCAACCGCUCAUUGAUCAUCAUGAGCCAGGAGAUCAUUGCACACCCCCGUCAAUUUCUCCAUCCAUCGAGAGGAUUUGCAUCGUCCAGUACCCCGGGUACAUUUGGGCUGUUGUGAUCGUGGCAGUAAAUGCAACCGGUCACAAUGUUGUGGUAGCGCACAGCGUGUGAACGCCCUUGACGACACCGUUCGUCAAGUCACGUCAAGAUUUACAUUAUUGCGUGGCCGGCCGGAAGGGAGAUUCGUCAAAGAGCUCUUGAACCCGUUCAGUUCGUGCACUGAACCCCAGCAAUCACAGAGGCACGCCUCUUUGCUUUGAACCGAUUCAACACUCAUACAUCCUCCUCUGGCUCUCCCAUAAGCGGGGAAGAAUGUGUGCGUCCUCGCCACCACCCAGCUCAGCUAGCCUCCACCAGUUCAACUAGAAGCCACCAGCCGAUCGGCACAAGGAGAGGGAGCCAUGGCCGAGCUCGCGGCUGGCGCCGUGCGCUCCCUGUUGGUCGUCAUACGCAGCGAAGCACGGCUGCUGCGUGGCGUCGGGAACGACAUGCAGUUCAUCAAGGAGGAGAUGGAGAGCAUGAAGAGCUUCCUGGAGCACCUGGCCAGGUGGGCACCUCCCGGCGGCGGCGAGCACAACGAGCAGGUGUGCAGCUGGAUGAACCAGGUGCGGCUGCUCGCCCAGGACUGCAGCAACUGCAUCGACGUCUACCUCAGCAGGGGGAACCCCGACGUCCACCGGGCCAGAGAGGGACUCGCAGGCUGCAUCUGGUGGGCGAGCUGGUUAGUUCAUAAGUUGGUCGCGCAGCACCACACAGCCGAGCAGCUGCGCCUGCUCAAGGAACGGGCGCGUGAAAUCGGCGCGCGGCGGUUGAGGUAUGGCGUGGAGGUCCUGGACAAUUCAGGGAAGGGGCUAUGGCCUCCGACGGCAACGUCGUCGUCGUCGUUGCGGGCUGCUGCAGAAGGUGGCUAUGCUACUACAGACGAAAACGAAGACAACAAAGAAGAAGACGGUGACGGUCAACUGGUGAGGACAAUGGCGACUGGCGGCCAUUCUGGUCCAAGAGCCUACAACGAGCCUCGCACUCUGGACGACUACGUCAAGGGAAAGCUAUGGGAGUGGGCAGAUGGAGUUCCUGCAAACGCCGGUAAAACUUUGUCCAUGGUCGUGGUGGCAGUGGCACCCUACACAUAUCAGGACCUCCUCGCUCUUGUACAAAAAAAUUGGCUUUUGAAUCAAAACCCAAAGGGUGGCUACCAUCGCAUUGUCGUGGUUGACAUCCCGGCUGUGCACCACAAUUCUAAGAUGCUACGAGUCAAGGAGGUUCUCUUCUACAUUCUGCGCGAGCUCAAGCAUGCCCAAUCCAACCCCCAGGAGCAAGGAACACAAGGCCAAGUGGAGGAAAACUAUCUUGACCCUUGGGAACUUUACAUAAGAAGAUUGAAAAUUGAUGAAGAAAAGAAGAGGGCUAUUGCUCUUCUUCAAAUCAAGGAGAAUAUCAAAGAAAUGAAGGUCUAUGAAAAGCUUGACAACAUCAAAAGUGAUAUUCAAGGUCGGCUAGAGAAGGGCGACGGACUACCCAAGGGCGACAUGCUGCAGGGUGAUUUUGACCAGUUGGACCUAGACGUACUACUUCAGCUGCUGCUCCAAGCAGCGUCCCAACAGGAUGAAAAAGGGAAGAACAAAGACAUGCAUAGAUUAUUAGCCUGGGAUAAAAACAACAUCAUCGUCAAGAAGCUUAAGGAGCAUAUGGAAGCAGAGGAAAAGGAGAAGCUUGAAGAGGAAACAACAGCCAAGCAUAUGGGGGUGGAAGGAGAAGCCACGGCCAAGCAUAUGGAGGAAGCAGGAGAAGUAACAUGCAAACAUAUGAAGGAGGGGGAAGGAGAAGUAACCAUACAUGGGGAGGAAGAGGAAGAAGCAGGCGGGGGAGGAGGAGAAACAACCAAGCAUAUGGAGGAGGAAGGAGGCGGAGAAAUCAAAAGUCAGCAGACGACAUGGAUUGAACUCGAUGAGGCACAAUAUGUGCACAUCCUGCAGAAGCUGUUUCCCAAGAGAAGCAGCAACAAGCCCCUGCAGGCCCAAGACAGAUCCUUGGACAAGCAAGCUACAAAGACCACAACGGCUACAUUGGGUGAGCAUCAAAUCAAAAAACUGAUCCAUGACGCAAAGGAAGACAUCUUACGGGAGCUACAGCAAGACAAAUAUGACAAGAAUGAACCUGGUGCUCCAGAUCAAAACCCAGAAACUGUUUCUGAAAAAACAUUUACCUGUUUCGUGGAUCAUAUGAUGCACAAAAUGAAGCCCGAGUUCGAAGAGCAGCUCAAGAUCAAAGGUCUCGUAGACGAGAUUAAACACAACUUGAAUUAUCUUCCGGACCUGGAUAAUUAUGAACGUCCCCUGUUUAUCCUCAAAGUUGAUGAGUUGAUGGAUGUUUCCACAUGGGAGGAUACCAGAAAUGCUUUAAGCUUGUUAAACUGCAGAGCUGAUUUGAUGAUCGUCACCGCCACAAAGGACAUACAGCUGGCUAAACAAUAUUGCUAUCCACAGCGGGAACCUAUAGACUAUUCUCUUGCUGGCCCCUACCAUGAUGCAUUGCUUGAGCUUACUGGCCAGCAGAAGAAUGGAGACAGCUACGACCCCCAAAUUUUCCAUGAUAUCCUGUACGAGUGUGAGCCACAUGAAUUAUGCAUGAAGAUCUUCAUUCAUGCUUUGUAUGCUAAUCCCAAGAGGAGAGAUGAGGAAUUAGUCAAGCUGCACAGCACCCUCCGGGCUUUGCCAACAACAUCAUUCAACAACAUCGCUAAGGUGAUGUUCAAGUUCUCUUACAAAGAUCUGCCUAAAGAAUACAAGUCAUGCUUGCUGUACCUAGCAAUCUUCCCGCCCAGACACAAGAUCAGGCAGUCAACCUUGAUUACACGGUGGGUUGUAGAAGGGCUGAUAUCCAAGGAAGAUUGGCCCAGUUCUGUGCGUCAGGCCAACCGAUGUUUUGAUGCACUCGUCGGCCGGUGCCUUGUUUAUCCUGCUGAUAUUGAUACCACGGGAAAUGUAAAGAGUUGCGUCGUAGGUGAUCCAGUUCAUGGAUUCAUUACCACAAUCGCCAAGAAACAACACAUCGUGGAGACAGGCCUGUCACAUCACUUGGCUCGCCACUUUUCCAUUUUCAACAAUCUCCAACUCCGCAGCUAUGAUGGAAUUGAUAAAUAUUUCCAGCAGCUCUCUUCAUCUAAAGUAUCCCUACUCAAAGUGCUAGAUCUAGAAGGAUGCCGAUGCUUUAUUGGGAAGAACCAGCGGUACCUCAAGGACAUCUGCUACAAGAUGUUACUGCUCAAGUAUCUGAGCCUGAGGAGAACAGAUAUUAGAAAGCUACCCAUUGAAAUCUGCAACCUCCGUGAGCUAGAGGUACUGGAUAUCCGAGAAACUAUGGUGCCUCCAUAUGCAACAGCAUCUAUCCUGCUACUGAAGCUGAAGCGUCUGCUUGCCAGUGAUCCAAGAAAUUUUGGAUCUACUCCCUGGAUUCCUCAUAGGAUCGGCAAAAUGGUAAACAUUGAGGUAUUAUUCAAUGUCAAGGCACAUCAGAGUCAUGAUUUAAAAGAUAUUGGAAAGCUACGGCAGCUGAGGAAGCUAGGAGUGGUCAUCGAUGAUAAGGAUAGUCACCUCAAGAAUUUGCUUGAGACGAUCAGUGACCUACAUGAGUGCCUCCGUUCUCUGUCAAUCACUGCUAUUCCUAUAGCCACACCAUGGGAAUGGGAGGGUACUCCUUACAGUGCAGAGUUACCAGAUGGCAUAGGCUCUCUCUUAGAAAACCAUCCCAAGAUUCUUGAGAGUCUAAGCAUCAGGGGAACCACACAGAAGGGGCGUCUUCUUCCAUUGUUCAUAAAAGGUGAUAAAAACGAACUUGCCAAGGUAACCCUAUGUCACACUCUGCUGAGCCAAGAUGAUCUGAAAGUCCUUGCCAAGCUGCCCAAGUUACGGUGCAUAAGGCUCCAACACAUUGCAUGCACCGAGUCUAUGUUGAACUUCAAGAAGGAUGAAUUCAGAUGCCUCAAGUACCUUCUUGUUGAGGGCUCGGCCUUGACUAAUAUCACUUUUGAGCAUGGAGCAGCCAAAGAGCUCGAGAAGAUGGUUUUGUCUUUCACCGGCAUAGGUUCUAUUUCUGGAGUUGACUUUCUUCCAAAAUUUAAAGAGCUCGAGAUGAACAACAGCUUCUGUGGCAGUUUGUUAUCAUCAUUUGACAAUGCCAAACAGAUAGCCAAGCUGACUCUUUGUGGUACAUUGCUAGAGCAAGAUGCUCUACAACUGCUCACCAAGAAACCAAAUAUACGCUGUCUUGUGCUCUUGGACGAGUCUUUUGGUGGAACACAGAAUGAGAUUACAUUAGAAAAAGAUGAGUUCUUAUGGCUCAACCUCCUUGUUGUUGACUGCUCGGCCAUCACCAAAAUUGUCUUCAACAGCGGGUCUGCUCCUAGGCUCGAGAAGAUUGUCUGGUCAUCUUCCACAUCUCUCUCUGGCAUCGACAAACCUCCAAGAUUGAAGGAGCUCGAGUUCAAUGGUGACCAAGUCCCUGAUGAGGUGAUGGAGGCCAUUAAAAACCACAAAAACAAUCCUAGUCUUAAACUCAAUGGACCAGAAACUCAAGACUAAGCAAAAAGGAGAUGAAGAAGAGGAUGACGACGAUGCUGCAAGAUUCUCUUUCUGCUGGGAGAAACAGGUUUGACACUGGAAGG